UGUCUGGGAGAUGGAAAGGGUCAACAACACACUGUUGACUGCAUUUAUCCUGACAGGAAUUCCUUAUCCACUCAGGCUAAGGACAUUCUUUUUUGUGUUCUUUUUGCUAAUCUACAUCCUGACUCAGCUGGGAAACAUGCUUAUUUUAAUCACUAUCUGGGCAGACCCGAGGCUCCAUGCCCGCCCCAUGUACAUCUUUCUUGGUGUUCUCUCGGUCAUUGACAUGGGCAUCUCCUCUGUCACUGUCCCUCGCCUCAUAAUGAACUUCACUUUAGGCAUCAAACCCAUCCCAUUUGGUGGCUGUGUUGCUCAACUCUAUUUCUAUCACUUCCUGGGCGGCACUCAGUGCUUCCUCUAUACCCUGAUGGCCUAUGACAGGUACCUGGCAAUAUGUCAGCCUCUGCACUACCCUGUGCUCAUGACUGCUAAGCUGAGUGCCUUGCUUGCAGCCGGAGCCUGGGUGGCAGGAUCCAUCCAUGGGGCUCUCCAGGUCAUCCUAAACUUCCACCUGCCCUACUGUGGGCCCAAUCACGUGGAUUACUUCUUCUGUGACAUUCCUGCAGUGUUGAGACUGGCCUGUGCUGACACGACAGUCAAUGAGCUGGUGACAUUUGUGGACAUUGGGGUGGUAGUUGCCAGUUGCUUCUCCCUGAUCCUCCUCUCCUACAUACAAAUCAUUCAGGCCAUCUUGAGAAUCCACACAGCUGAAGGGCGGCGCCGGGCUUUUUCAACCUGUGGAGCCCAUGUAACCGUGGUCACUGCGUACUAUGUACCCUGUGCUUUCAUUUACCCGAGGCCUGAAACCAACAGCCCCCUGGAUGGGGCAGCUGCCCUAUUCCCCACAGCCAUCACUCCUUUCCUCAACCCCCUCAUCUACACUCUACGGAACCAAGAGGUGAAGCUGGCCCUGAAAAGAAUGCUCAGAGGCCCAAGAACUAAGAGUGAGGUUUGAAAGUGUCUUUCUCCCACUAGGAAAGCUGCCACAUUUAGAAUUUAUUAUAAUGUUUAGACUUCGGUGACAUUUUUUUCUUCUUGCUUUUUCUCUUUUAUAGAGCCAUAUCAUAUCAAUGCAAAAUCAAACACAGUUUAAGGUAAAAUAUUAACUUUUUAACAGUGCCUUAGUAUCCUCUCAAGAUAGCUCAAAAUACGGCUAGAAGAGUAAAAAAUGUGACCAAAUUCUCACAAACUAACCCACAUUAAACAAUCCAGAAGAAAGACUGCAAUAAUGUGUUUUCAAAUGUCUCAGUAAUAAAUUUCCCCACACCAAAAUGUAAGUUCAAUAUGAUAUUUCCCACUGAAAGAAAA